AUGGGUAAACGUCCCAACUUUCUCGUCGUCGUCGCCGAUGAUUUGGGCUUCUCCGACAUUGGCUGCUUCGGCAGCGAGAUUCGCACGCCCAACAUUGACAAAAUAGCCCAGCAGGGCGUGCGGUUCACGGACUUCCAUGCUGCUGCUGCUUGUUCACCCACCCGCGCCAUGAUCAUGACAGGCACCGACCACCACAUCGCCGGGCUCGGAAACCUGAUCGAAUGGACCAACAUCUCUGGUCAGAACGGCCCCAAAGGCUCCAGUACAGACACUGCUCCUCAGCGCGGCAUGCCUGGGUACGAGGGCUAUCUCAACGAGCGGGUCGUUGCCCUCCCCGAGAUUCUGCGCGACGCUGGCUACCACACCCUCAUGUCUGGGAAAUGGCAUCUAGGACUCACGCCGGAGCGCUCCCCAUUCAAGCGCGGAUUCGACCGCUCCCUCGCCCAUCUGCCCGCAUGCUCAAACCACUACGCUUACGAACCACAGCUCCAGGAGCCAGACGAGACCCCGACCUUCCUCGAGGCGAGCUAUAUCGCGCUGCACAUGGAAGACGACAAGUACGUUAAAAAGCUGCCCGAGGGGUGGUACUCGUCCGACGGCUACGGCGAUAAACUGCGCGAGUAUCUCAGCGACUGGCACAAGAACAAGAAAGAGGAUGAGGAUAAGCCUUUCUUCGCAUACUUGCCCUUCACAGCUCCACACUGGCCUCUGCAAGCACCCCGUGAAUACAUCGACCACUACCGCGGUAUCUACGACGACGGCCCCGACGCCCUGCGCCAGAAACGUCUCGAACGCCUCAAAGCCCUCGGCAUGAUCCGCCAGGACGUAGAACCACACCCAGUCGUCGUCGACGAAGGCGAAGGCAAGCCCUGGGAAACCCUCACGGCUGAAGAAAAGAAACUCUCCUGCCGCGCAAUGGAAGUCUUCGCAGGAAUGGUCGAAUGCAUCGACGCCAACGUCGGCAAGAUAACCGACUACCUGGCCUCCAUCGACGAGCUCGACAACACCUUCGUCUGCUUCAUGUCCGACAAUGGCGCGGAGGGCGCCGCAUACGAAGCCUACCCGCUCGUCCAAUCCGGGGUUCUCCCUCACCUCCUCAAAUACUACGACAACAGCUACGAUAAUCUAGGCAACGGGGACUCCUUCAUCUGGUACGGUCCGCGCUGGGCGCAGGCCGCGACUGCACCGUCCCGCCUGUACAAGGCAUACACGACAGAAGGCGGCGUGCGCGUGCCAUUUCUCGCACGCUUCCCGUCCUCCGUCCAAACAGCCGACGCAGCGCGGAAUGGCGCAAUCACCGACCAAUUCGCAACAGUCAUGGACCUGGCCCCCUCGAUCCUCUCCAUGGCUGGGAUCUCACACCCCGCGCCUGAAUACCAGGGCCGCGAGGUCGUUCCGAUGCGCGGGAAGAGCUUCCAUGCCUGGGCGAGGGGUAGCAGCCCGCGCAUCCACGAGAAGGACUUUAUCCAGGGUUGGGAGACAUGCGGCCGGGCGGCCCUGCGCUUCGCAGACUGGAAGAUCGUGUAUAUACCCAAGCCGAAGGGGCCGGAGCGGUGGCAGCUGUAUAACCUGGUCGAAGAUCCCGGGGAGGUGAAUGACCUAGCAGAGAAGUAUCCCGAGCGGUUGGAGAAGCUGCUGAAGCUUUGGGACCAGUAUGUUAUCGAGACUGGGGUCAUUCCGUUGAACCCGGAUCUGGGCGAGUUCCUUGAGGCGACGGAGGCGCAGAUGCCCGAGAAUGCGUGGAUGGAGUAUGAUUAUUGGAAGAUUGGGGCGAGGGAUGAGCCUGAGAAGUUUACGCGGAAGCCGCCGAGGUUCCAAAGGACUGUCAAGCAGUUUUAG